AGGCAGAUCUCCAUCAUGGGAAGCUUGACCCAAACAGCUGGCAGUUCAGAGAGCUGUGGGAUGCUUUUUGGCUCCGGCAACCCUCUUGUUCAGCAAGGCGGGCAGCCCCUGAUCCUCACCCAGAACCCAACCUCGGGUCUGGGCACCAUGGUGACCCAGCCAGUGUUAAGACCUGUGCAGAUCAUGCAGAAUGCCAACCACGUCACGAACUCUCCGGUGACCAGCCAGCCCAUCUUCAUCACCACCCAGGGAUUUCCUGUGCGGAACGUGCGGCCUGUGCAAAACACCAUGAAUCAAGUGGGAAUCGUUCUGAAUGUACAGCAGGGUCAGACAGUCAGACCCAUCACCCUCGUCCCAGCCCCAGGUACGCAGUUUGUCAAACCAGCAGUUGGCGUUCCUCAGGUGUUCUCCCAGGUGGCCCAGGUGAGACCAGGUACGACCAUGCCGGUCCGACCCACCACCAACACUUUCACUACGGUCAUUCCGGCCACGCUCACCAUCAGGAGCACAGUGCCGCAGUCCCAGUCGCAACAGCAAAGUAAGUCCACUCCCAGCACCUCCACAACUCCUACUGCAACGCAGCCAACACCUCUGGGACAGUUAACUGUGCAGCAGCCAGGGCAGUCCAGUCAAGCUACUAACCCCAAAUUAGUGAGCAUCGCGAGCUUUGUGACUGUAAAGAGACCCGGAGUGACUGGUGAGAACAGCAACGAGGUUGCCAAGCUGGUGAACACCCUGAACACUGUUCCCUCGUUGGGGCAGAGCCCGGGCCCGAUGGUGGUGUCCAACAGCAGCCCUGUGCAUGGCUCCCAGAGAUCCAGUGUCUCGGAGUCAUCAUCAUCAUCGUCAUCAUUGAAAGUCAGUUCAUCUCCAAUUCCCACCUUUGAUUUGCAAGAUGGUGGCAGGAAGGUCUGCCCACGGUGCGAUGCUCAGUUCCGAGUCACCGAAGCUUUAAGAGGACAUAUGUGUUAUUGCUGCCCUGAAAUGGUCGAAUUCCUCAAGAAAAGAAAAUCUCUCGAUUCUGAACCAAAUAUCCAAUCUGCGAAGCCUCCAUCUCCAGAAAAAACCACAGCUGUUGCUUCCCCACCCUCUUCUACUCCUAUCCCUGCACUGUCCCCACCUGCUAAAGCUCCAGAGCCAAGUGAAGGCGUGGUUGACUCGUCCCAAAGUAAGCUCAUCAUGUUGGUGGAUGACUUCUACUAUGGCAGAGAUGGUGGCAAAGUGAGCCAGCUGCUGAACUUCCCCAAGGUUCCGACUUCGUUCCGGUGUCCGCACUGCACCAAGAGGCUAAAGAACAACAUACGAUUUAUGAACCACAUGAAGCACCACGUGGAACUGGACCAGCAGAACGGAGAGGUGGACGUGCACACCAUCUGCCAGCACUGCUACAGGCAGUUCUCCACUCCGUUUCAGCUCCAGUGCCACUUAGAGAACGUCCACAGUCCCUAUGAGUCAACAACAAAGUGCAAGAUUUGUGAAUGGGCGUUUGAGAGCGAACCAAUGUUCCUGCAGCACAUGAAAGACACGCACAAGCCGGGGGAAAUGCCCUAUGUUUGCCAGGUGUGUCAGUACCGCUCGUCGCUGUACUCGGAGGUGGACAGCCACUUCCGAAUGAUCCACGAGGACACGCGGCACCUGCUCUGCCCCUACUGCCUGAAGGUCUUCAAGAACGGCAACGCCUUCCAGCAGCACUUCAUGAGGCACCAGAAGAAGAGUGUUUAUCAUUGCAACAAGUGCAGACUCCAAUUCCUGUUUGCCAAGGAUAAAAUUGAACACAAGCUGCAGCAUCACAAAACGUUCCGAAAGCCCAAACAGUUGGAAGGAUUGAAGCCUGGAACCAAGGUGACAAUCAGAGCAUCCCGAGGUCAGCCCCGGACGGUGCCGAUCUCUUCGAACGACAUGGGGCAGAGUGCUGGGCAGGACACUGCACCGCUCUCCUCUGCUGACCCUCAGCCCAUCUUCCUGUAUCCGCCCGUCCAGAGGAGCGUCCAGAAGAGAGCCGUCAAAAAAAUGAGCGUCCUGGGCAGGCAGACCUGCCUGGAGUGUAGCUUUGAGAUCCCCGACUUCCCGAACCACUUCCCCACCUACGUCCACUGCUCGCUGUGCCGCUACAGCACGUGCUGCUCCCGAGCCUACGCCAACCACAUGAUCAACAACCACGUUCCCCGGAAGAGUCCCAAAUACUUGGCUUUGUUCAAGAACUACACUGCCUGUGGUGUGAAGCUGUGCUGCUCCUCCUGCCUCUUUGCGUCGUCGGAGGGUGAUGUGAUGGCCAAGCAUUUGGUCUUCAACCCAUCACACGAGUUCAGCAACAUUAUUUUCCGAGGGCCUACUUGGAUAUCACAUUCCAGGCACAUCCAGCCCCAGGACAGAAGCGUGAAGAACACGUGCCCUGCCUAUUCCCCCAGUAAAGCUGCUACUGUGAAAACUAAGUCUGUGUUACCCACGAAGGAUGACCUGGAGCCUGAAGUGGCACUGGCAGCCCACACCCGGCCCCUGCUUUGCCAGGAGGAAGAGUGCUUAAAAAUCGAUGCUCAGGAAGACGAGCAGCCAAUGAAGGAGACCGAAACUGCAAGCAAAAAGGAGCAGCUGUCGGUGAAGAAGCUGCGAGUGGUUCUGUUUGCGCUGUGCUGCAGCACCGAGCAGGCGGCCGAGCACUUCCGGAACCCGCAGCGGCGCAUCAAGCGUUGGCUCCGGAGGUUCCAGGCUUUCCAAGAGGAGAACUUGGCGUCGCUGUCGGAGGGCAAAUACCUGAGCUUGGAGGCCGAGGAGAAACUGGCGGAGUGGGUGCUCACCCAGCGGGAGCAGCAGCUCCCCGUCAACGAGGAGACGCUCUUCCAGAAGGCCACGAAGCUCGGCCGCUCCCUGGAGGGCGGCUUCAAGAUCUCCUACGAGUGGGCCGUGCGGUUCAUGCUGCGGCACAACCUCAGCAUGCACGCGCGGAGGGCGGUGGCCCACCCACUCCCCAAAGAGGUGGAGGACAACGCCGGCUGCUUCAUCGAGUUUGUGCAGCGGCAGAUCCACACGCAGGACCUGCCCCUCUCCAUGAUCGCGGCCAUCGACGAGAUCUCCCUCUUCCUCGACGUGGAGGUGCUGAGCAGCGACGACAAGAAGGAGAAUGCUCUGCAGACGGUGGGGACUGGCGAGCCCUGGUGCGACGUGGUCCUCACCAUCCUUGCCGACGGGAGCGUUCUCCCCACGUUGGUCUUCUACAGAGGUCACGUCCAGCAGCCCGCCAACGUGCCUGAAUCCAUCAUACUGGAAGCGAAGGAGAACGGCUACAGCGACGACGAAAUCAUGGAGCUGUGGGCAUCGCGAGUGUGGCAGAAGCACACCGAGUGCCAGAACAGCAAGGGCAUGCUGGUGCUGGAUUGCCACCGAACGCACCUCUCGGAGGAGGUACUGUCCCUGCUGAGCACUUCCAGCACUCUCCCGGCUGUCGUACCCGCUGGCUGCAGCUCCAAAAUCCAACCCCUGGAUGUUUGUAUAAAAAGGACUGUGAAAAAUUUCUUGCAUAAAAAGUGGAAAGAGCAAGCCAAGGAGAUGGCGGACUCCACGUGCGAUUCGGACAUCCUUCUCCAGCUGGUUUUGUGUUGGCUGGCGGAGGUGCUGGAGGUCAUCAGUGACUCUCCCGAACUCGUGCAGCAGUCCUUCCUGGUGGCCAGCGUGCUGCCGGGGCCGGACGGCACGGCCAACUCAGCCACACGCAACGCCGACAUGCAGGAGGAGCUGAUCGCAGCGCUGGAGGAGCAGCUGAAGUUGGGUGAGGAGCAGCAGCCGCAGGAGGCGGCGGAGGGCGAGGAUCAGCCCCAGAGCGAGGAGUGCGCCGACCCCGAGAUCCUCCAUCAGCUCUUCGAGGGGGAGAGCGAGACUGAAUCGUUUUACGGCUUCGAAGACGCCGAUUUGGAUCUGAUGGAAAUCUGAGCACUGAUCUGCGAGUUGGUGAUCUGGAAAGGGUUGUUUUUUCAAUAAAUGUUGGAUGAGACCAUUACACUUCCCUGUGGAUUUGUGGGUUUAGGAAAUUUGUAGGCGAUCACUCAGAUAAAUAGCCAUUUAUGCUGUUCAUUUAUAAGUUUUGUGCUUUUUUAAAGAAAAAUCACUGUGUUGGUAUUUUCUGAAAAUAUAUUGUGGGUGAAUA